AUGACACGUUUUGUUGUGUACUUACUCAUCGCUACAUGCAUAAGGGGUUAUCCAUGGACAGUUAUCGGUGAAGUUAAAAACAUUUGCUAUGAACCACUGACAAAUAUCAACAGCAGUCAACUUCUUCUAAUGAACGUCCCCCGUUUACUUCUAGAAUUCCAACCUUUGUUUGUUGAUAGAAAUUCCUUCAAACUGUGUUGCCUGGGAAUUCAGCAAAUGGCAAAGUUAUGA